AUGGUGUGGGGUUGUGCAAAGGAUGAUAUGUUUACAGUUAAAAAUGCUUAUCACUUGGAGCAUAGGAGAAAGAGACGGAAGUUAGGGGAAGCAUCUAAGGAAAGAGAUGAUCAAUUCGAAUGGAACUCGAUAUGGAGGCUUAAUGUUCAAGGAAAAGUGAAGCACUUUCUAUGGAAGGUCUGCCAUAACUUGCUUCCAACAAGAGAGAACCUGGUCAAGAAACAAGUUCUGAAGUCAAGUAUGUGUCCCAUCUGUGAGAUAAAGAUAGAAACAACAAUGCAUGCCCUCUGGAGCUGUCCAACAGCCUUGGAUUUGGGAAGUGAUGAAGUGGAGGUAGUAGCUACUAUUCUGAGAAAAAUUUGGCUUAGAAGGAAUGUUGUAUUGUUUGAGAGCAAGUUUGCUGCGCCAAAAGCUGUCCUUAAAGUUGCAAAGAUGGGGAAUCAAGGCAGAGGUGAAAUCAGAUGGGAAAAGCCAGUUGGUAUUGCCAUAAAAAUUAACUGGGAUGCAGCAGUGGAGAUAUAUCUGAAAAGAGUGGGUUUAGGUGUUGUCAUCCAUGAUUCAUGUGGUGAGGUUCUGGUUUGCCUUUGCUCUAUUGUGAAUUUUGUGCAGAAACCAAGCAUGGCUGAAGCUUUAGCUUUAAGAAGGGCUGCUACUUUGUGUGUUGAAUUGGGAUUUUCAAAUGUAAUAUUGGAAGGUGAUUCACAUGUUGUAGUUAAGGUUGCAAGUGGAAUGAAAGAGAUAUGGGCAGACUAUGGAACUAUUGUUGAAGAUAUGAGAAUAUUAAUAAGGAGUAAUCAAAAUUGGAGAGUUAGAUUCGUGUAUAGGAAAGCAAAUAUUAUUGCUCAUAAACUGUCAAAACUAUUUUUUAAGUAUACUGAUAAAAGGGUGUGGAUAGAGGAAUGCCCUAUAGAAAUACUUAGUGAUAUACGAAAGGAAAGAUACUAUAAUGAUUGA